GGGGGGGGAGGGGGGUGGGGGGAGAAGACAGGAGCGGAGGCUGAGAAGGAAGAUUAAAAAAAAAAAACUACAAGCAGCCGGGAGAGGACCACCAUCACCACCACCAUCAUCACCACCAUCAACGUAACUACUACUACUACAGCUGUAGAGUCGACACUGCCGCUGCUGCUGCAGCCGCUGCUGCUGCCGCCGCCCUGGGCGCCCCCGACACCGCCAUGGGAACUCCGCAUCAGCCGCUCCAACCGCCGCUGCGUCCGCGGGCCAUGUCGUGAUCCGUGGGCUCCGCCAGCGGGUUUUCUAUCCGUGAUCCCGACCGAGGCGCGGAGGAGGAGGAGGCGAAGGAGGAGGAGGAGGGGUAGGAGGGGGGCAGAAGAGGAGGAAGAAGAAGAAGAAGAAGGUGGUGGUAGUAGAAGGGAAGAUGUUCGCCUCGGUGGGCCCUCGGGGCGGCCCGCGCCCACCCGUCUCCUCAGCCAUCCCAGAGCCGGACCUUAGCCAUCUGACAGAGGAGGAGAGGAAGAUCAUCAUGGCUGUGCUGGCUCGGCAGCGGGAGGAGGAGGCGAAGGAGGAGGCCAUGUUAAAAGAAGAGAAGCCUAUCCAAGCGAGAACGGUGAACCUGGUCGGGCAGAAGAAACCUCCGCAGCAAAAUGACGUCAGAGGCAUCCAGCAGCAGCUGUCCAGCUACAGGGAGACGGUGAUCAGACAGGCCUCGUCGGCGACAGGUUCGGCCGUUCACCGGGACGACGCUCCGACCUGCGGCAUCUGCCACAAGACCAAGUUUGCAGACGGCUGUGGGAACCUGUGCUCGUACUGCCAGACCAAGUUCUGCGCCCGAUGUGGGGCCAGAGUGUCCCUGAGGUCCAACACGCAGGACAAAGUGAUCAUCUGGGUGUGUAAUAACUGCCGCAAGCAGCAAGAAAUCCUCACCAAACCAGGGGACUGGUUCGCCAGGACGUCUGGGAAACCGGGAGGCCUCGGGUCGGCGGUCAGUGAACCGUCUGUGUGCCAAACGUCUGGAGACAAGAAGCUACGGUCUCGCUCUCAAGCACCUUCAGACUCCAGUGCUGUUAUCCAAGACCCAAACCGAUCGAGCGUCCCUGGGACCACAAGUGGCACAGAUUCACGGUCACGUAGCGAACCGCCACGACACACAAGAAAUGGACGAAGAGUUGGUCGAGGAGACCGUCGAUCAGGACCCCCCAGAUUACAGACCCAAGUGUCCAUGGACCGGGAGCCACAAGGUGAUUCCAGGGAACGCAGAGAGAGCCGGAAAUUGACAAAGGGACGCUCUCUGGAGCAUGAUCCUGUGGGUGGAGGCGGAGGAGGAGGCGCGGGUGGUGUAAGACGGACAGAGGAGGGUGGCUACCGUCAGGUGGACCACAAUGGUGCCACCCCUGGCCAAGCAGGGCAGGUGCCUCCUGGAGGUAGAGGACACGCUGGGUCCUUGCAGGGUCGCGGCAUGGGCGUUGUGGGGGAACAUGGGGACGGCGCACGGCAUGGUCAGAGGACCGUGGGUGGGGUUGGUGGGCAACAUGAACCUGCCCUCUCUGAGCAAGCUCCACCCCCUGAACUCAGAGAGCCUCCGGGUUCAGGACCCGGCAUAGCACCCGGUCAGGGACCUGUGGUGAAGAGGACCAAAAGGGAAAAGGCGGAGAGCAUGCUGCGUAACGAUUCACUAAGCUCUGACCAAUCAGAGUCUCUGCGUCCCCCACCGCCAAGGCCCUACAAAUCCAAACGCGGGCUGGGGGCGGGUGGGAAGAGGCAGACCAGUGUCAGCAGUUCUGAAGAGGAAGGAGGGACCACACCUGAGUACAGCAGCUGCGAGGACGCCGAGAUCGAAAGUGUCAGCGAGAGAGGUGACUGGGAGUGUUACCCACAUGACCCCACUGUUUGGCAUCAUCCUGUAACCUGGCAACCAUCCAAAGAGGGCGACCAUCUGAUUGGACGAAUCACCUUAAGUAAGAGGAGCGCUGCGAUGCCUAAAGAAGCUGGAGCUCUGCUGGGGUUAAAGGUGGUGGGAGGUAGAGUCACAGAGUCGGGCAGAUUAGGUGCCUUCAUCACUAAAGUUAAGAAGGGAAGCCUGGCUGACGUGGUGGGACAUCUGAGAGCAGGCGAUGAGGUUUUGCAGUGGAACGGGAAGUUGUUACCUGGUGCCACCAUGAAGGAAGUUUACAACAUUAUUCUGGAGUCUCAGUCUGAGCCCCAGGUGGAGCUGGUGGUCUCCAGACCUAUAGGGGUGUGUAGAAAAUAUCAUGAUAUCCCAAGAAUCCCCGACACAUCCCACCCUCCGUUAGAAUCUACAGGUUCCAGUUCUUUUGAAUCACAGAAGAUGGAGAGACCGUCCUUAAAUGUCCUGUCUCCCUCCAGUCCCGGGAUGCUACAAGAUGCUCCACAGUUGAUGCCAGGGCAACUCUCAGUGAAAUUGUGGUACGACAAAGUGGGUCAUCAGCUAAUAGUCAACGUGCUGCAGGCCGUGGAGCUCCCUCUACGACCUGACGGAAGACCCAGAAGCCCCUAUGUCAAAAUGUACUUUCUACCUGAUCGCAGUGACAAGAGCAAGAGACGGACCAAAGCCGUGAAGAAGACCUGCGAGCCCAAGUGGAACCAGACCUUUGUCUACCCUCAUGUCCAUCGCAGGGAUUUCCGCAACCACAUGCUUGAGCUAACAGUGUGGGACCAGCCUAGGUCGCCAGAGGAAGACAGCACUUUCAUGGGGGAGAUCCUGAUAGAGCUAGAGACAGCCUUACUGGACGACAAGCCUCACUGGUACCCGCUGCAAACCCAUGAUGUCUCAUCCAUACCGCUGCCCCGACCUUCCCCAUUCUUGCCCCGGCGUCACGCACACACAGACACACCCGGCAAGAAGCUACAGCGUUCACAGCGUGUUACAGAGCCUGAGUUUGAUGAGGGUACAACAGUAGUAUCUAAAGCGGCGGAUGGGCGUGGCAGAGAACGACAACGAGAGUCCUCGUCCACACUGGAGGUGCCCGAUCAGCAGAGGACUCCCUCUCAUCAUAUACGAUCCCGCUCAGUCUCCCCGCACCGCGAGGAACAGGGGCGACUUCGUUCCAGGCCACCCAACGUUCCUGCCCAGAGGAGUUUGGACGAUGAGCUUCCUCACAGUCGCCGUUCUCGUUCUCCAAAUCGCUUCUACGACUCUGCCAGAGGUCGCCACCAGGAAGAGGAGUAUGUGGAUGACAGUGAGAUCAUCAUGAUCCACCAGUCAAUGCGAGGCAAAAGUGCCGAGUGUCUCCACACCAGUGAUCUUCAGCCUUCUCUGGACAGGGUUAGGAGCGCUAGCGCCAACUGUCUGACUCCAGACAAACAUGUCCCCUCAUCAGAGACUGAAAGAAGAACAUUGUCACAUUCGCUGCCACGGAGACGUCCGCCGAGUCCCAGGAUUCUUAUUCAGCACGCGUCCCCUGAAGAUGACAGACAGCCGCGGACCUUGGAAACACCUGAAUGUCAGACUGUGGGCAGGAAGCUCUCUGACGGUGACAGGGGGCACCUCCAAAGUGGUGCGUCUCUUUCCUCCUCAGUGAUGUCCUCCUCCGCCCGCAAAGUAAGGCAGCUCCCACAGCUUCCCCCGAAGAGCAACACCGCAGAACAAGCCCUGGUAGCAGAAGAGCGUGUCCGUCAGCUCCAGAUGAGGGUCCACUCCAACCGUGUGUCAGCUGCCAACCCCUCUAGUCAACAAGACCUAGACCGAGCCCUAAAGAACAAACGGGAUCUCUACAAGGAUCAAAGGAGGAGAAGUAGCGAAAAUGUUUCCCAUAAGUCUUCAGACAGUGAUGUCAGCGACGUGUCAGCCAUCUCUCGUACCAGCAGUGCCUCUCGCAUCAGUAGCACCAGCUACAUGUCCAUCCAGUCAGAGAGACCCAGAGGACGCUUCAGCCGGGCGAUACGUGCGACGGGCCGCCACAUCAUCAAGAGCACCAGUGUGAGUGGUGAAAUCUACGGCAUGGAGCACGCCGACGGCAGCCAGUCGGACACGGCACUAGGCAGCCUGGGGAGCGGAAUCAAGAAGCGGCGAUCCAGCCUCAGCCAACGGGUCGUCGCCAUCCUGCCAUCCAGACGCAGCAGGAGUACCUCACAACUGAGCCAGACAGAAGCGGCGGGUAAGGCGGUGGACAGACAGAAAGAGGCGUCAGCAGGUAAAAAAGUGGGCAAGGCCGGCAGCAGCACUAUUCAGAGGAGCGUGGAGACGGGUAUGGCGGUGGAGUAUCCGCGUGGAGGGUCGGCCAUGAACAGACAGGCCAGCAGAGAGUCCACUGAUGGGAGCAUGAACAGCUACAGCUCUGAGGGGAAUCUGAUCUUCUCAGGAAUGCGGUUGGGUGCCGAUAGUCAAUUCAGUGACUUCCUGGACGGCCUAGGCCCUGGUCAACUGGUGGGUCGGCAAACACUGGCAACACCUGCCAUGGGUGAUGUUCAGAUUGGUUUGAUGGAUAAGAAAGGCCAGCUGGAAGUGGAGGUGAUCAGGGCACGAGGCCUUACCCCCAAAUCAGGCUCAAAAUCCCUCCCAGCUCCCUACGUAAAGGUGUACUUGCUGGAUAAUGGAACUUGUAAAGCCAAAAAGAAAACCAAGAUUGCACGAAAGACUCUGGAGCCGCUCUACCAACAGCACCUACUAUUCGAGGAGAGUCCACAGGGCAAGGUGCUCCAGGUCAUAGUAUGGGGCGACUAUGGACGUUUGGACCACAAAUGUUUCAUGGGUGUAGCACAGAUCCUGCUUGAGGAACUGGACCUCUCAAGCACGGUGAUCGGCUGGUACAAACUCUUUCCGCCGUCUUCGUUGGUGGACCCUACAUUAGCUCCACUCACGCGACUGGCAUCUCAGACGUCAUUGGACAGCUCAGGACCGCCGCCAGGCGUUCGGUCCUAGUGACCGGAUGUCGGUCGCACACCCCCACUAACACCCUGUCCCGCCCUCCAAUAUUCCUUAAAAUAACAAAAAUAAUGGACCACAGCUACUGGACCACAGCUGAGCCGAGGGCGAAAAAAACUUAUCACCUACUAAACCUCCGGUCGUUGUGAGAGCGACAACAGAGAAGCCCUCGGCCAACCAGUGAAAAGCCAGACGGAGAGACAGGGAAUGAAAAAGAAAGAGAGAGAGGGAGAGACAGAACUAGCCAAUCAAAGCUUAGUUGGAGUCUGACAAUCACGUCUCACACCUUCCCUCUUCCUCCUCCUUUUGCCUAUUUUUGAUUUCUAACGCUUUGCUUUCUGUGUUUUCCCCUCUGAUCUACCAGGAGUAGAUUUCCGUCACAUUUUUCACUGUUUCCUCCCCUUUUCGUUCCUUUCUUUUGGUUUUACUACUUCAUAUGUUUUGCUUAAUCCCCAUCGGAGCUUACAUUCCGAUUGGUCUAAACCACGUUCACACCCAAGCCAAUCAGUGAGCUGAAAUAUCACAGGGAGGAGGAGUCUAAACGGCGUGUAGGCGAUAGUAAGUGUUUAGGACGAAGGUGCAUGGUAGAAGUUUGGCACAGUUUGGUAACCCCGUCCCCCUUUGAGUGAAGGGAGCUGGCACACGCAUGUGCACAUUCUCAGCCUCGUUGUCGAGAUACGAACGGAAGCACAAGAAACGAUUUGAUCGUAGAACGUUUGAGUUUUAGUCCGGACAGAAAUGUAAGGAAAACAGAGGCCAAAUUAAACAGUUUUGCUUUUUGGACAUUCCUUAUUCCUUCAUUUCAUUUGUUGUUUUUUUGUUUUUGUUUUUUGGUCUUUGUUUUGCUCGAGUUCAGAUUGGUACUAUAAAAAGGUGCAGACUCCUUAUGUGUACUUGUACCUUUGGGGCGUUCAAGGCCCAUUGGGCCUUCCCCCAAACCACCUUUUCACCCCAGUCCUCAUUCCCAAAGCCUUCCUAAACUUCCUAAAUCCUCAAGACUCCCCCCUGUAGGAGGGAGUAGCAUGAUGACUCGGGGAUGCCCUGCCCUCUUCCUUCCUCCCUCCGGCCCUAAGCUGCAUGCAUGUUUCUUUUUGUUCAGUUUUGUUUUGUUCAUUUUUGUUUUUGGGUUCCCUUUGUUCUCUCUAUUUUUUAUUUUUGUACAAAAAAAAAAUCAAAAAUCAAAAGACGAGACAAAAUUUAACGAACGAUUCUCAAAAAACAAAAACAGAGAAAAAAAAGACUAGACUAUGUGUGUUAGUUCCACAUACUUUUUAGGCCAGCUUGUAUGUUGCAUGUUCUUGUACAGUUUGCUCGUACUGAAUAUGAAUACAAAACCAAGAAAAGCCAAGCCAUCCCCGCCCCCCGAACAGGAGCGGACCACUGAGGGUGGGGGAGGCAUCUCCACCCAGGCCACGCCUACCACUCUGGGUCUAAAUAUCCACAUUAGGAAGUCUCCAGAAAAAAAAAAAAAAGGAAAAUAGAAGGUUAUUUUGGUUUUGUUUUAGUUUCAAUCCCUUGGAACAACAGUGCUGUUCUGUAGUACUGUGCAUACUCCAGCCCCUCGGUGUGUCCGAGGAUGUAGGCGUCUAAAAACCUGUAGUUCACAGCAGUCGGGGCUAGGGGGCGAGAUAGAGAAUGUGUGUAUAACAGCUAAAUGUAUAUGAAGUAUCAUUAUGAGUUUGACAGAAAUGAUAAAGAUAUAGAUAUAUGAAUAUUUAAAACAAAAGAGUGUAUUUGACUGUGCACCAGUCACCGACACAAACACACACGCACACGUGCGCACUCACAGACAUGCGAUAUCUUGUACAUACAAAUCAGGAUGAGUCGAGGCUUGACUUGAACAAAGAACAAUAAUAAAAAAAAAGAAGUUUAAAAAAAAACGCGCUGACACACAAAACAUUCCUGGUCUUGUUGAGGGGAGUUUGCGUCCUGUUGAUGUGCUGGAGCUGCUGAGCGGAAUCUAGCCACAGGGGGCGCUAAAAGGCCUUUAUUUUUUUAUUUUUGCUCACCAGUUAUUUUUCCUCAGAAAAUUAAGCGGAUCAAAUUAGAACAAAGUUUCUUUUCUUCUCUUUAAACCACCUUUCUCCCCUCAUUUAUUGCUAUUGGUUUGGACUGGACUCGUAAAACAUUUUGCGGACGCUUCUGUUGAAACCCUUGGCGGUGUGGCCGACUGCCUUUUCCUUUGUCAGUAUUACUCCAGGGAUACUGAUUGUUUACAGCCCAUGGCUCCCCCACUCCCAAACCACACGAUUCUAGACGAAAGACAAAGUAUUCACUGCAACAGUUCUUGUUUGUAUAACAGAUGUGGCUCUACUGAUGUGUAUGUUUUAUAUUCAAGAGUUCAUUUUUAUUAUUUACAAAUAAAAAGACCGUGUGGAAGAA